GAAGCUGGCUAGUCUCACUCAGCCACGCGCAUGCGCCACACGCGCCGCUCGACCCGAUGUCAUAGACAACGCGAACUUUAUUCUUUUGUUUUGGAAUGGAAACAGUGAAGAAACUCAUUCCACUUUGUACCUUCUUUGACACCCGGUGAAUUAUGCUUUUCACUGGCACAAAAGAAGUGUUAGUUCUGCUUUAGUAAAUUUUGAAUUUCGAAAAUCCGCUUUGUGAAGGUAUUUGUUUUGUGUUUCCUUUUUUCAGGAUUAAUGGUCAAGUUUGAAUGGUAUCCGAUCGUCUUUUAGAUCUACGCUACUCGUCACUGUGAUGAAAGAUGUUUACACAAGACCUCCUCUUGCUAAUGCUGUGCUCGUGCUGCCUGGCGGCGCUGGACGGCUACAGCGCGCGGCAGGACCCUGACCAGUUCCACAUUCAGACGGACGAGGAUGACGACCGAUACUUCCUGUACCAGACGCACAACGGACAGUACCGCAAGGAGAGGCGGCUGAAGGAUGGAUCUGUUGUUGGCACGACGGGGUGGGUGGGCGCGGACGGCAUGCUGCGGCUGCAGGACUACAUCGCCGACGACCAGGGCUACCGCGUCUACAAGUCCAAGACCGUCUACGUGGGGGUUAACAGACCUAUCGGAGAAUCCAUAAAGAUUGCGAAGUCAGCACCAGCAGACCCCGGCUACGGAGUGACCCACGCGCCCGUGCAGCGGAACCGCGGCCAGGCCAGGUUCUCCCCUUCAGGCCGGAUCACGCCCACCACCUACACACCACCCUCGGUGACCUACGCGCCGCCCUCUCCUACCUACGGGCCGCCGCGUCGGUACCCGGCAGAGGUCUCCAUCACCCCCCCGACACCCUACCACAGCUCGACAGCCAGACCACAUGUCGAAGUCUCGCCAAACUCAAUCGACAACUCAUCUCCAUUCAACUUCAAGCCAACAGUCUCGCCCAUCACGGCAGACGAAGCCUCUCCGUCACCAAACUCUCUAGACUUCGAUCCUUCAAACAAGAACUCCAUAGAGGAUCAUUAUUACGGAAGCGACAGCACUCCUUACAAGAGGCUGGAUAUUUACAAUCCCAACUCUUAUCGACACUCGGACGAUUGGUUGCGGCGACACCGGCCCUCCAACAUCGGGGACGGAUACACUCCACAGUACCCCAACUACGACGGAAUAGCCUUCAGGAGAAACGGCUUCCGAUAUUACUUACCAAAGCAGUAUCACGAAGAAGUCAGCGGAGAACAAGACGAGAGGACUGGCAGCUUCGGGUACGUGGACCCGUUUGGCAUCAGGCGGGUCAUAUAUUACAACUCGUCCCCGGAUGAGGGGUUCAAAGUGCGUAAGAACAACCGGUACGUCGGCCACGACGCCACCCCCUACGACCCUCGACCUAUCAACUGAUGCAGACAAAUACAUGUCGGCUUGUGAUCACCGAGACAUAGACAGCUAGUUGAAGUCGUUGCUCAGAGAGAAUAGCAAAGCUAAUUCGAAACAAAACGUAUAACUGCUGAAUGUAGGCAUAUCGGUGAACGGCCGUAGUAGUCUAUAACCAGUGAGACUCUAAUUUAUUAUUUAUCAGUAUUUUAAAGCAAAUACAAACGAUUGUGUAUAUUCGAACGAAGCGAACUUAGCCAAUUGUGUAAUAAAUUGUAUUAUUUUAUAACUACUUAUAGAAUUAGGUAUGUACUUUCAAUAGCACAAUUUACACCAAAUGGUAUUUUAUACGAUAACAUAACAAUAAUUAUGAUCCCACCACACCAGUGUGUGGCGUACCUAUUUACGUCGCGUCGUGUUAAAUAAUUCAGUGCCAUUAUUAUUAUUCACUUUUUUAAUAUUUCAUUUAUGCAUGAAUGCACGCAAUAAUUAACUUUAUCAUUAUAAUUCACUCAAUGUGUCAUUUAGCUAUUAGGCGUAGGUAAGUGAAAGAAGUUACCACUGAUUGAUGCGUAUGUAAAAUAAAAAGAUUUUUUAACAAUGGAAAAGGUAAGAACUGUUUCAAAGAGCCGUAUUAAGCAUUAUAUCUUAUCUCAUUUGUCUCCAAAGGCCAUCAACCUUACUCUUGUGAUGUCAUAAAAUGUUUAAACAUGCUGCAAAGGCAAAAUGCGUAGGCCUAAUUUAAUGGGACCAAACAAGCCUUUUAUAUGGGCUUUAGUAGUUUGAUGCAACUUUAGAUAGAAGAUUGUUUCCUUAUAAAGGUUUUUAUUUUAAGACAGUAUGCUGUAAACUUCUCUUAUAAACGGUGUAUGUUAUAAAGUUGUUACGAAUAAUUUGCCAUUUUUUUCCAGUCACUUACGGUAUUUUGUUAUUUUUAACUUCUUACUAUUUACUUGUUAAACUUAAAUACAUACUACCUAUGCUUUCGGAAAUCAAUGGCAACUUGUUGAAAUGACUUUCUGGGAGCUAAUAUUUUUAUUUAAUUUAGAUACUAUACAAUUUACUGUAACAUAAUAAUUAUCUUACUUGUAACUAUUUGUCUAUAAAUGUUAACCAUUCGUUUAGUAAAAUAUUAACGAAAAUGUGUUUUUUUUUUCAUUUAUAACCCAUGCAUCAACGAUCUGUGCACAGGGUAUUUGUAUGUGUUAUAGGUGAUUUUCACCACAUUCGUAUAAGUAAUACUUAUAGAGAAUUAAUAAAUAGUUUAUUACGCAAGCA